AUGUCGACGCGACCAACGCCAAGAACGGCGGCUGGGACAUUGACCGUCACGAAGCAGCCCAAGAACCCCAAGUCCAAGUACAUUGUCAUUGAAGGCGCGACGCACUGCGAAGACACGUACCUUGCCAACGGCGACGGCCCGAUGAAGGACGCGAUCAAGGUGAUUGGCGACGCGGUGGCCGAGUUUUUGGCCGACGCAGCCAAGACGCCCGCUCCGACGCCGGCGCCGACGACCAAGCCGGUGUCGUCGGUCACCAAGCAUGUGUACUUCGUCGAGUCGGACGUCGAGUUCCUUGGCUACGACAUCCGCACGACGGCGCGGUCGUCGUCCAACUCGUGCAACGACGACUGCGACAACACGCCCGGUUGCAAGCUGUGGGUCUGGACCAAGCACAACGGCGGCAUUUGCUGGCUCAAGAACCGUCAAGGUCAGCGCAAGACGUCGCCUGGCUCCAAGGCCGGCAUGUUCAUCGAUCCGCUCGAGCAGGACAAGGAGGACGAUUCGCGCAUGGUCUUUCCCGAGUAAUUGAUGUCUUUAGCAAUAACGAACGACUGUUCUAUGAACAACAAUAUGAACGACUGUAAUUGACAGUUUUGUGAUUCUGG